AUGGUCAAAGUCACUUCAGAAUUCAUUUCGAUCGGCUGCAAUAGAACAGCUCAUGCUGCCUGCUGGGGACAUGAUGGUCUUGUUGCAUUCGGUGCUGAUAAGUUGAUUGCUCUUUAUUAUCCUUUGGCAAGGAAUACUUUCAGCGUGACAGAGACAUUACCUGGUCAUAGAGGAAGAGUCAACUGUUUAUCUUUUAUUGAAAGAGGCAGUGAAGACAAACUUGAGGAUGUUGCUUUAGUAUCAGGUUCUGCAGACUAUACGGCUAAAGUUUGGAAAAAAGAUAAUACUGGAAAGUGGAUCAAUUCAGCAACUAUGGAAGGUCAUACCGGAGCAUUAGAGACCAUCGCCUGUAUGCGUGCACAUUCUAUCGAGACAGAAACAGAUAUCAUCAUCACCGGUUCAUCCGAUGGAACCAUUCGUGUAUGGGAGCGUCGCGUUGUAGAUGAUGGUUCAGACGAGGUUAUUUGCAAGCAAGUGAUCAACAACGGAAAUAAGUAUCCAAUGUCAUUAGCAUUGUCCUAUCUUCCAAAUAGUAGAGUCCCAAUUCUUGCCAGUGGGCACACCGACAAAUCCACCACAAACGAAUUUAAAAAGGUGCACACAUUGCAGGGCCAUGACAAUUGGGUCCGCGACUUGGCCUUUGCAACUUAUACAGGACAAGGUAAUGAGAGUGUCAAUAAUUCGUUCAAGAAGGGUGAUUUGAUGCUUGCAAGUGCAAGUCAAGAUAAAUAUAUUCGUCUUUGGAAGAUAUCACCUCAUGUACCUGCGCCUACAAAACAACAACAACAGGAAGAUAAUGGUCUCAGCAGUGAUCUGCUGGAUGCUUUAAAAGAAAGUGCACUAUCUGGAGAACAAUUAAGCACCAAAGCACAUAUAAUCACUGUUGACUCUUGUCAGUAUUCCUUAAUGUUUGAGGCGCUUCUUAUGGGUCAUGAUGAUUGGGUAUUUAGCGUGCAAUGGCAAAAGCCCUACAUGGCAACAGAUGCAAGUGGCGAAAGGCAAUUUGUUCAGCCCAUGCGUCUUAUUUCCGCUUCUAUUGAUAAAUCCAUGAUGAUUUGGAGUCCUGAACCAAACACUGGUGUCUGGGUUAAUGAAGUGCGUAUGGGUGAUAUCGGAGGAAGCACUUACUUGGGUUUCUGUGGUGCUAUGUUCAGUCCAAAUGGGAAACACAUUGUUUCUCAUGGAGCCAAUGGAUCAUUCCAUUUGUGGAAAGACAACUCUGAGAUCGAAGGAGAGAAUAAUUGGUCGCCCAAGGUUGCUAUCAGUGGUCACUUUAAAUCUGUCGAAAGUCUUGCAUGGGAUCCCAAAUCACGAUAUCUUCUUUCAACCAGUUUGGAUCAGACAACACGAUUGUUUGCUCCUUGGAAUCGUACGGUCGAUGGUCAAAAUGUAUCUACAUGGCAUGAAAUGGGUCGUCCUCAGAUCCAUGGUUAUGAUCUGAAGUGUCUUGCUUUUAUUCAUGACUGGCAAUUUGUAAGUGGAGCUGAUGAAAAAGUUCUUCGUGUCUUUGAUGCGCCCAAGUCUUGUGUCGAAAGCUUAGCCUGCUUAACUGGAGAUGAGAGUCUAAGAGAGAACAUCGCAAGCCGACCCGUAGGCGCCAAUUUGCCUGCCCUUGGUCUUUCUAACAAGGCUGUCUUUGAGGGAGAUGCUGGUGAGGAAGAGACAGAUGUCUCGAAUGGUUUGGGCGCUCAUGCAUAUACUUCGGCUACUCCUGAAGCAUUAGCAGAAGUUAUGCAACAUCCUCCAUAUGAAGAACAUCUGUUACAGUACACCUUGUGGCCAGAAGUAGAGAAACUUUAUGGACACCUUUAUGAACUUACUUCCGUUGACGUAAGCCGUGACAGCAAGUACAUUGCCUCGUCUUGUAAAGCAGCCACAGCUGAACAUGCCAUCGUCCGCUUAUUCAAUGCGUCCACUUGGAAAGAAAUUAAGCACUCAAUCGACGCACACGCCCUCACAGUGACACGUUGCAAGUUUUCUCAUAACAAUCAAUGGCUUUUGACUGUAUCGAGAGAUCGUCUAUGGGCAAUUUCUGAGCGUAGAGAAGAUGAAGUAGAACCAUAUAAGCUUGUUGCAAAGAACAAGGCACAUGCUAGAAUCAUCUGGGACUGUUCUUGGAGUCAUAAUGACAAGCUGUUUGUCACCGGCUCUCGUGAUAAAACUUUCAAGGUAUGGGCUCGCCCUGACCAAACCAUUCCAAACUGGGUUUGUGUUUAUACUGGCAAGUGUGAUGAAGCAGUUACAGCAGUUGAUUUUGCACCGAAUGCAGUGGAUGGUGAUAAAUACGUGAUCGCUGUAGGAUUAGAAAAUGGACGUAUAUUACUGUAUACAACCGAGAAUGGUCAACAGGUUGACAAGUGGACACUAUGGCAUGAAUUGGAUCAAAGACUCUGUCAUUUCGGCGUUGUCCGUUCUUUGGCAUGGCGUGCAGCUACUCAAGAUAGACUACUUCAGCUGGCUUCUGCAGGCGAAGAUCACGCUGUAAGAAUUUUCAAUGUUGAAUAUUAG